GUGUGAGGGGCGAGGGGAGUCAUCCAGGCAGCUGCACUGCCGGCACAAAAGCGCGGGCACAGGAGAGCAGCAGACUCUGGGCGCAGCCCUAAGGGCUCUGAGGACCGAGGGGAGAGACAGGGCCCAGGGCGUUGAACGCCGGCCACGAAAUCCGAGCGCCUCGUAAGGCGAGAGGAGCCCCGAGGCGCUUGUGUCCCGCAGAGAGGCCUCGGCUUGUGGGAGUCCUCUUGCGGGAGAGGUCCUGGACAGCGCAACGCAAAUCAGCAGGGCGCCCGCCCUGGUCGAAGGGAAAAGCCGCCGCCGUUGAGGACUGAGUGAGGGCCAGCGGGCGACCAAACUCGCGAAGUUCCCAAAGGCAGCCGGGUGCGGAAACUCCGGGCGCAAGGCCUAUGGGCCCCGCGGUGCGGUAGUGGCCGAGGGGGCGGGCCCUGCUUACCCAGGGCAAGUGAUUGGUUGGUCCGGGCGGCGGCGGCGGCGCGGCGCGUGCAACUGUCACCUCGGUCCGGAGUGUUCUUUAGGGCCUGCCUGGACAGGUUAUCUCCCAAAUGGCAUCUACUCUCUGCCUGUCUCCCUAAUGUUCCACGUGGAAGUCCUUCAUACUCCUGGAGCACUGGCAUUACCUGUUAAGCACUCUUCCACAUCCUUGUUCUUUUCCAAGGAAGAUGGAAGAGCUGAGCCAAGCUCUGGCUAGUAGCUUUUCUGUGUCUCAAGAUCUGAACAGCACAGCUGCCCCACACCCCCGCCUGUCCCAGUACAAGUCCAAGUACAGUUCCUUGGAGCAGAAUGAGAGGCGCCGCCAGUUACUGGAACUGCAGAAAUCCAAGAGGCUGGACUAUGUGAACCAUGCCAGAAGACUAGCCGAAGAUGACUGGACAGGGGUGGUCAGUGAGGAGGAAGAUAAGAAAGAUGAUGAAGAAAUGGACGUUGACAGUGGCAAGAAGUUACCAAAGCGCUAUGCUAAUCAAUUGAUGCUCUCUGAGUGGUUAAUUGAUGUCCCUUCAGAUUUGGGGCAGGAGUGGAUUGUGGUCGUGUGCCCUGUUGGAAAAAGAGCCCUUAUUGUGGCCUCCAGGGGUUCUACCAGUGCCUACACCAAGAGCGGCUACUGUGUUAAUAGGUUUUCUUCCCUUCUGCCAGGAGGCAAUAGGCAAAAUUCAACAACGGCUAAAGACUACACCAUCCUAGAUUGCAUUUACAGUGAGGUGAACCAGACCUACUACGUUCUGGAUGUGAUGUGCUGGCGGGGACACCCUUUUUAUGACUGCCAGACUGAUUUCCGAUUCUACUGGAUGCAUUCAAAGUUACCAGAAGAAGGACUGGGAGAGAAAACCAAACUCAAUCCUUUUAAAUUUGUGGGGCUAAAGAAUUUCCCUUGUACCCCUGAGAGUCUGUGUAAGGUGCUUUCUAUGGAUUUCCCUUUUGAGGUAGAUGGACUUCUCUUCUACCACAAGCAGACCCACUAUAGCCCUGGAAGCACUCCCUUGGUGGGCUGGCUGCGCCCCUACAUGGUGUCAGAUGUCCUUGGCGUCACUGUGCCGGCUGGCCCGCUAACCACCAAGCCAGAAUACGCUGGGCACCAGCUCCAGCAGAUUAUUGAGCACAAGAGGAGCCAGAAGGAGGGCACGAAGGAGAAACUCGCACACAAGGCCUCUGAGAAUGGGCACUAUGAGUUGGAGCACCUGUCAACCCCGGAGCUGAAGAGUUCUCCCCAUGACCCUGAGCACACUGGGAGCCCCAUGGAGAACUAAAGAGGGCAGCUGGGGAGGAGGACAAUGACAACAGGUGACUUUGUUUUAGAGUGGACUUUCCAAAGCCAGUCCAGUUUAUCGCCUAUCUGAAAUGCUGGCUCUAACAGCUGGGGGGGCAGUUCCAGAUGUGUGGCAUUUGGAUUGCCUGGAGCAGCUUCUACCUGGACAAGUGCAUUCUAGAUCUACAAUGUAAAUAUACGUAAUUCUUAAGAA